AUGCUGGUGUUUCUCGGAAGGAAUGUCUUGCUGCUAGAUCCAUUUCGUAGAAGUUCGAUUUUUGUUGGUUAUGGGAAUCCCCACCGUUUAUACGGAUAUGCAGAAAAUGUAAAAAGAUACCAAGAUUUCUAUCCUUUUUCCUUUCCUGGAGACAUGCAUGCUAUUGACCUAAGUUUCUAUUUGCUUGGGAAGCUAAGAAAGAGAAGCUUAAUGUCAUACACCCGAGUUACUAGUUGGAAUGGUAAGAAGGGUGUGUAUCAUUUUCCUGAUCAGGACCAAAAGUGGGAAAUUAAGAGAGAAAAAGUAAGCAAAGUUAUGGCAACUGAGAGAAUUAAGCUUCUUCUGGCAUUACUUGCAUUGCAGUUCUGUUUUGCUGGCUUUCACAUUGUCUCUAGAGUUGCACUGAACAUUGGUGUCAGCAAAGUUGUUUAUCCUGUUUAUAGGAACUUAAUUGCACUGAUUUUGUUGGGUCCUUUUGCUUAUUUUCUAGAGAAGAAGGAAAGACCACCUCUCACUUUUUCUUUGUUGGUUCAAUUCUUCCUCCUAGCAUUCAUAGGAAUUACAGCAAAUCAAGGUUUUUAUCUGCUGGGUUUGUACUACUCAUCUCCAACUUUUGCUUCUGCAAUGCAAAAUUCAGUUCCUGCAAUCACUUUUGUCAUGGCUUCCACUCUUGGAAUUGAGAAAGUUAGCAUUGGAAGCAGAGAUGGAAUGGCGAAAGUUAUAGGCACCAUUGCUAGUGUAGGAGGUGCUACUGUAAUUACUCUCUACAAAGGCCCUCCUCUUUUGCAUCAGUCACAGCAAGGGGAAGUAGAAGAAGGUUUAUCCUUAGACAAAAUGCAGAACUGGACCUGGGGUUGCAUUUACUUGAUUGGACAUUGCUUAUCAUGGGCAGGCUGGAUGGUCUUUCAGGCUCCAGUGGUGAGGAAGUAUCCAGCAAAACUGACACUAACUUCAUUCACCUGCUUUUUUGGAUUGAUCCAGUUCUUAGUCAUUGCUGCCUUUGUGGAAAAUGACCUGAAUGGGUGGAUAAUAAAGUCAGGAGAAGAGCUUUUCACUAUUCUAUAUGCUGGAAUUGUGGCAUCUGGGAUUGUCAUUUCUCUCCAAACCUGGUGUAUUCACAAAGGUGGUCCUGUAUUUGUUGCUGUCUUCCAGCCUAUGCAGACAGUUUUAGUUGCUUUUAUGGCAUCUGUGAUUCUUGGAGAUCAACUAUACUCUGGAGGAGUUAUUGGUGCAAUUCUAAUCAUGAUAGGCCUGUACUCAGUUCUAUGGGGUAAGAAAGAAGAGAGAAGAAUGGAAAACCAACACAGUGAAGAAACACUGAGAAAGCACCUUCUGAAUGAUGAAGCUUCAGAUAAAGGAACUGACACUGUAUCAGACAUACCAUGAAAUAGGGUUUGGAUUUACAGAAACAAGAGAGCUCAGAUUUUCUGCUGAAAUGAAUGAUCUACGUAAGGAUACAGUGUUUUCUGCACUGGGAUGAAUCAACAUCUUUUACAUGUAAAUUCAAUAUAUUUUUUCAAAGUAAAUUUGAAUUAUUGUCAGCUAAGCUGACUUUGCCCCCCAAAUUAUUGAAGAUGAACCCCCCUUUCAUUGACAUAUGGAAGGAGGAGGUCUGAUGUUGUCGGUUGGCAUGAAAUCCGAGUAUCAGAAAACAGCCGAUCAUUGAAAGUGUGGCUUCAUGAAUUGUACAGCAACUCAUUAAAGUCAAACUACACUAUAUAUUUCCCUGGACAACCAAAGCCCCCAAGCAUUCCAAUAUCUUGUUUACUUAAUUGUUUCAUCUCGAGUUCGAGCCCCCACUCCCGCUUACCUACCAAAAAAAUUGAAAGGGCUCAUAUGACCAUGUCUAUGAUGCAGUUCAUCAAUAGUAAGUUUCCCCCAUCCUAUCCAAAGGGACUGUCAACCAACUAUAAGAAGAUGCAUAACCAGUACAAACUGCAAACAUUCAGUCAUAUCCAUAUCUUUUAUUUGUAAUUCAGUACAAUCACAAGUAAUUCACGAAAUGACUCCAGUGUCUUUGAAAACUUCAAAAGUAUCCAUCUCAGAACAUAGUUUUUUAGGAAACACAGUAACAUAUGAUCUACAAUAUUCACACAAGACCAAACUUCUCACACACCGAAAAGCCUCCAAUCCUAAGAAAAGCAAGGCAACAAGAAUUACAUGUUAGCUGUCUAGUGCUCCUAAUCACCAAUAUAAUUAGUAGUCCAACUUACAAGGAGGUUUAAUAAGGCCGGCCGGCCAGCCAGAUCAAAUAGAUAAUUCCUCAUAGAGUUUAACAGAGCACAGCCUAAAUGGAAGGCUUCUCACAUACCCAACUGGCUUUGCUAAUAUAUCUAGCACAGGAGACAGCGGCAUAAAUGGAUGCUUCCGCCUUUUUUUUGCCAAUUCAAAAGAAAUCACAGAGAGAAAGAAUACUUCUAUAAUUUUGUAAUUUAAAACAGUGCAGCCACAAAAAUACAUAGAGGCUUAAAAAUUACAACUUUGCAUGCCAUUCAAAAAAAUAUCACUGAUUAAUUGUGGGAACAAAAUGACAAAGUUUAAUAGCAAACAAAGCUUAAAAUAAAACUUUGCUACUAAUAGAAGGAACUAGCAACCACUUCACAAGCAUGGAGAUUUAUUGGGGCAUGGAACACAAUUUGCAUACCAUUACACGUUGAGCCAAGAUCAGCAAAAAGCCAAAAAAUACAAACAAAAUAUAGAUCUCAUAGAUGAGAAUGAGAUGCAUCAUUCUGAAGGCACAAACUCAGCUGCAACAAAAGAUAAUGAAAGCGAAAGCAAAGCCAGGUUUAAUCACGCCCGUGCGAACACUCACAAAGAUUGACCACUAAACUAAUUCCAAUGUUAUUUAAUACUUUAAAUGGCAUGGGGAGCUAACAGUAAGAAGAGUCUUAGCUAAAGUUUUCCUCCAGUUUAAUCAAAUAAGUGAUUUUAACUCCAAUCAUCUGCCUUGUAAAUCCAAUACAUCUUCUAGAAAGAUUUAU